AUGGAUGCGCUGCAGGUGCCCGCGGAUGCUCCGGAUGCUACAGAGCAGCAGUUCCAUCAAGAGCAACAUCCGCAAAUCCCGCAGCGAUUUGGGUCUCCCGCCAACCACGGAUUCGCAGCUACAGAAGAUACUCCGGUCGGUGCUGCUCAUCACAAUGGCUACAGUAGCGAUUCGCGCGCCCAUUAUUCCUCCCACACCGCCGAACUUAGCUCUUCGGCCCCAGAUGGCGAUCAGAACCGACUCAACCUCUCUCCAUCCUUAACUCAACAACACCUGCCAUCGUCUAGACCGAGCUCUGGUUUAUCCAGCGGUACCGAACGACAUGGAUAUCCCCAACAGCUUCAAGAGACCGGUCAGAAACAACCAAGUCAAUCAUCGAAGAACAGUGUUGUGAUCAAGGUGGGCAUGGUGGGGGAUGCUCAAAUCGGAAAGACUAGUCUGAUGGUAAAAUACGUGGAGGGAAGCUGGGAUGAAGACUACAUUCAAACAUUGGGUGUCAACUUCAUGGAGAAGACCAUCUCUAUUCGCAACACGGAGAUCACAUUCUCAAUUUGGGAUCUUGGUGGUCAGCGAGAGUUUGUGAACAUGCUUCCUCUUGUGUGCAACGACGCCGUGGCUAUUUUGUUCAUGUUCGACCUUACGCGCAAAAGCACUUUGAACUCGAUCAAGGAAUGGUACCGCCAGGGCCGUGGAUUCAACAAGACCGCGAUUCCGUUCCUCGUUGGCACAAAGUACGAUCACUUUGUCAACUUUCCCCGUGAAGACCAAGAGGAGAUUUCUAUCCAGGCCAAGCGUUUUGCCAGAGCCAUGCGAGCGAGCUUGAUCUUCAGCAGCACCAGCCACAGUAUCAAUGUACAAAAGAUCUUCAAAAUCGUUCUGGCCAAGGCCUUUGACCUGAAGUGCACGAUCCCCGAAAUCGAGAACAUUGGCGAACCUCUCUUACUCUACAAAAACGUCUAG